GUUUCCAAACUUUUUUCCCUUCUUUCAGUUUGUUCCUUUCUCACAACACAAACUGAAACAUCAAAAUGUUUCCACAAACACCAACUAUUUCACUUUUCAUUGUCCUCUCUUCAUUAAUCUUAUGUAAUGGCUAUUACAUAGAGGAGCUACUUUACAAAACAAACUACAAACACUACCCUAUGCAUCAUGGCAGAUUCAUCAAGAGAAAACAUGAACAUUUUGGUCUUAUAACAAGGGCUAAUAGAGUUGCCCCUCGUGGAACAGUUAAUGUUGAUGAUUUCGGAGCCAAGGCAGAUGGAAGAGAUAAUUCCGAGGCAUUUGGAAAGGCAUGGAGUGAAGCAUGUUCAAGAGGGUCUAUCCUUGUGGUACCUGGAAAUAGGAUCUAUCGUCUUAAGCCAAUCACAUUUUCUGGUCCAUGUCGACCCAACACUGCCUUUAUGCUCUAUGGCACAAUCGAGGCAUGGACUCAGAUGUCGGCAUACAAAGAUAGACAACAUUGGAUUAUGUUUGACAGUGUUUCAAAUUUCAGAGUUGGUGGUGGUGGCACAUUCGAUGGCAAAGGAAAAAAAUGGUGGCAAAACUCCUGCAAAGCAACCACUAACCUUCCAUGCAACGACCAACCAAGACCAAAGGCUGUGACUUUCUUUCAAUGCAAAAAUUUGGAAGUGAGAAACCUGAUGUUCAAAGAUGCACAGCAAAUGCACUUAGUCUUUGAUGGAUGCUUCAAUGUUAUUGCUUCGAAUCUGGUGAUCAGAGCACCAGGGGACAGCCCCAACACUGAUGGAAUUCAUGUAGCAGAGACACAAAAUAUAGUGAUAAGCAAUAGUCAUAUUGGGACAGGUGAUGAUUGUAUUUCGAUAAUAAGUGGGUCAGAAAACGUUCGAGCAACAGAUAUCACCUGCGGCCCUGGACAUGGAAUAAGCAUUGGUAGCUUGGGAGCUGAUAAAUCAGAAGCUGAAGUGUCCAAUGUGGUUGUGAACAGAGCAACUUUAACCGGAACCACUAAUGGAGUGAGAAUAAAGACUUGGCAGGGAGGCUCUGGUUAUGCAAGAAACAUCAAAUUUUUGAACAUAAUGAUGCAAAAUGUGACAAAUCCCAUCAUCAUAGAUCAAUACUACUGUGACCAAACCAAGCCAUGUCAAGAGCAGAACUCAGCUGUGCAAUUAAGCAAUGUUUUAUACCAAAACAUAAGAGGAACAAGUGCCUCAGAAGUGGCUAUCAAAUUUGACUGCAGCAGAGCAGUCCCAUGCAGGCAAAUCUACCUGCAGGAUGUGAUUUUAGAGCCACAAGGCAGAGGUGGCACCAUUGCAACAUGUGAAAAUGUUAGAUAUGUGAACAGAGGAAAGUUUUUUCCUCAAUGCACUCCAUGAAAACAAAUUCAACAACUGAAAAAGCUAGUGGUUCAAAAAUUUCAAGUGUGGUUAUAUAGGUUGGUGUAAUUGACGACUAGCUCAGCUGACUUUUUUGGCAGCCACUACUUUUAACGAUAGUUUGGCAAUAGAGGGGAAAAUGGGGCAAAAGGGAUAAAGAAUGUAACUAUAUACAAUAAAGAAGGAAUAUCAUUCUUCAAUGCUAUAAUCAUAUCAACUACUACCUAUUCCCAUUA